ACCAAAGACUGGAAGGAAAGGCUGCAUAAAAAUAUCGCCACUUCCAUGAAUGGCGUCCAACCUUUCAUUAGAGACCGCACUCUCGAUGAGCUCAAGAAAGUGGAUCCGUUGUAUUCCGAUGGCGUGCGCACUGAACUCAAUAGAUUGGCCAAAAAGUCCGAUACCAGUUCAAUCAUUACUAAAUAAAUUUUAUCAUAAUUUAAAUUUUUAUUCCCUAUUUUUUAGUUGUUAUUUAGAAAUUCGCAAAUUAUUUACUGAUUUUUCUUUAUUUUCUCGCAUUUUUUCUCUUUUCUUAAGUUUUAGAAAAACAAAUUCUCGCAAAUCAGAAAGCGUCAGAGUGUGAGCGCUAAGGAGGUUAGACCCUCCAGAAGGUCCUCAAAGCCCACCAACAGUAGAAAUAAUGGCCGAAGAGUUGGUAAUAGUCGGGGAACCGAUUGGA